AUGUCAAAACGCCUAGCCCAGAUGAGCGAAGACAGCCUCGAGACCGGCGGCCGUAGUGCGCGCAAAGCGGUCUCAGAAGCCGGCUUCGGCGAAGCCCUCCGCGCGCAACUCGAAGAACGCAUCGCGUCCGCAAGCUUCAAGAGCGACAAUGCCGCCGCCUUCGCACAAGCCAACCUCCCCACCAGCGCCGGCAAAGGCACCCGUGACAUUGCUGGGGCCCGCCCCUGGACUGGCACCGAGACGGUCGAGGACGCCGCCCUCCGCAUGCUGACCGACGCACACAAGCCGCUGCGAGUACCGGGGGGCGGCAGGACCAGGACCAGGACCAUCGCGCCCAGGGCGCCGACUAAGAUAGACACAGGCCGUUCGACCAGCAAGCCCUCGACCGGCGCGCGCCUGGCCAACGCCCGCGACCGCUCCAGCAUUUACAGCACCAUCAACCAAACCAUGACUGAGUCGGAGCGGGAGCGGUUCCGCAAGGAAAUGAAGGCGCGUUUCGAGCCCGCCUCGCGCGCGGUACCGGCAACGCUGCAAGGACUGGCAUCGCUGGCCAACGAGCGCAUCGAGGACGCGAUAGCCCGGGGCCAGUUCAAGAACCUGCCGCGCGGACAGAAGAUCGAGCGAGACUACAACGCCUCGAGUCCGUUUCUGGACACCACGGAGUAUUUCAUGAACAAGAUCAUCCAGAAGCAGGAUAUCGUGCCGCCGUGGAUCGAGAAGCAGCAGGAGCUGGUCAGCACGGCGAACAAGUUCCGCGCGAGACUUAGGAACGAUUGGAAGAGGCAUGCGGCGAGGGUUAUCGCGAGUAGGGGCGGGAGUCUGGAAAGUCAGCUGGCGAGGGCGAGGGAAUACGCCGCCGCGGAGGCGGUGGUGAAUCCGGUGAAGAGGAAGCAGGAGACGAUCAACACGGUCGACGAGGGCGGGCAGAUGAGCCAGAUAACGCUGGCGGGAGAACUCAAGUCUGCAGCUUCAGAAGCAGGCGUGUUAUCGUCGCCAUCAACAGAGGAGAAGAUUACCAUCACCGAGAUGCCCGUGUCAGACGACGGCUCGCCGACAACGCCAGCAUCGCCAGAGACGCCGAACGCCUCAAUCACAGUAACGCAGACCACACCGUCAGCCACUGCCGCCGCGCCUGACGUCGUAAACGUCAUAGCCCAGCCCUUCCGCGACCCCUCCUGGCUCGCAACUGAGUCCUCCUAUCUCAACCUUGCAAUCAACAAUCUCAACUCCCUAACCCGUAAUUACAACCUCAUGGCACCCAACCUCGCCAAGAAGCCCUACUACAAUCUCGAGCGUGAGCUGCGGUCCUGCUACGCGGACGUGGCACCGCAGCUAGUCGACGCGAUCAGGGAGCGCGCGCUGGCGCCCAAGGUUAAGGUUGAGAUUGUGGGUCAUAGACCGGGCGGCGUAAUGGAGAAGUUUGCGGGGGGGAAGGCACGCGUGCAUGAUGAGAGGACGGCGAAGAGGUAUGGGUUCAAGGAGUUUUGGAGGGACUUGUUUGAUAAUGGGAAGUGA